AAAAACAAAACAAAACAAACCUUUUAACCCAAAACCCCAAUAGCUGAGGGGCAGACUUCAAUCACUCAGCAAAGUAGAAAGCAGACAGCAAUGGAGUCUGAGAAACCAAGUUUCGAACCGUUUCGGCUGUUUUCAUCAUCAGGGUCAGGAUUUCUUGAACAAUCAGAGCCCCCUCUUCCCCCUCCGCCUCCUUGCGUCGAAGUGUUGCCCUCCCAGAUUUUGCCCUCUGUGAAGUACGCUGUGGAGCCAGUUCAGUUCGGUGGACUUACUUUGCUCAAGGGCCGCGUUAGUACUCAAGAGGUUUUCACGCUAUCCAACUCCGAUUUAGUUCCUGGGAAAUAUGAAGGGGGAUUAAAGCUAUGGGAAGGUUCUCUUGAUCUAGUUAAAGCUCUAAGCUCUGAAGUUCAAAAUGGACAUUUAUCGUUUACCGGUAAACGAGUUUUAGAGCUUGGUUGUGGUCAUGGACUUCCUGGUAUCUUUGCUUGCCUUAAGGGUGCAGCUGCCAUUCAUUUCCAGGACUUCAAUGCGGAGGUCCUGCAGUGUCUCACCAUACCUAAUGUAAAUUCAAAUGUUCCAAGCUUCCAACCCCCAGCAUUGCAAGUUACAAAAUGUGAUACGGGGACGGAAAUUCGUUUUUUUGCUGGCAACUGGCGUGAAAUCCAUAAGCUUCUUCCCUAUGUACAAAACAGUGAGAAGGAUUUUAAUGUUAGUACAGGGAAAAGUCUAGAUGCUCAGUAUGAUAUUAUUUUAAUGGCAGAGACAGUUUACUCGAUCUCUGCUCUCCCACAUCUCUAUGAACUCAUAAAGAAGUGCAUAACUCCUUCUCAUGGAGUAGUAUACAUGGCUGCCAAGAAGCAUUAUUUUGGAGUCGGUGGGGGAACUCGAAGGUUCCUAUCUAUUGUGGAGAAAGAUGGGGUCUUGGCUUCUAGCAUGGUCGCUGAAGUUGCAGAUGGUUCUUCUAAUGUCCGAGAGGUAUGGAAGCUUUCGUUUAAGUAGGCAUGGAAUUCAUGCGGAUCAAACACUGUCCUUAUUUUUUAUUUCUCUUUUUUAAUCUCCUCCCCAGUGGCCACCAAUUUGGCCGCUUACCUCCUAUAUGAAGAAUCAAAUAUUGUAAUCGAAAUUAGAAGAAUCAAAUGUUACCGUUGUUAGUCUGUAUGCUGACACGAAGGAUGUAGAGAAUAUUUGGUCGUUAGAUAAUUUCUCUUCUCUAAACCUCUUUUAUUUUUCUUUUGAUUUACUGUGUCCUAUGUAAUGCAAAUUCUUACUUUUUCAGUCCCAAAAUAAAAGUUUUUCUUUAAUUA